UCCAUAUUAUAAUAACAACUCCAUUGAUGACUAUGAAAGCUUUCCCUUACUUUUUACCACCAAAAACCCUCACACACUAACUAUGUGCAUCUGCACCUUCAUUCCAAUCCACAGAUCCAUAAUUCUCGCAGUAUUCUGAGCAUCUUGUUCCACAAUCAGAUCACACACAACAACAAAAUCAACAACAAUCAGUUAUCUGAUCUGCAACAAUGCUAGACGGAUUGUUAGGUCGCAACGGCUUCAGUUCCAAAUGCAAAUCGUUGAUUAAGCCGACGAGGACGCGAAUAGCGGCGUUGCGGAGGAGAGAGGAGGCGAAACAGAGGUUUUUGAAGGAAGAUCUUGCGAAAUUGCUGGCUAAUGGACUUGAUGUUAAUGCGUAUGGAAGGACAGAAGAGUUUAUCGCUGGAUUGAAUCUCUUAGCCUGUUAUACAUUUCUUGACCAGUCAUGUGAGUAUAUAUUGAAGCAGCUGUCAGUCAUGCAGAAACUAGGGCAAUGUCCAGAAGAAUGCAGAGAGACCGUUUCAUCCUUGAUGUUUGCUGCUGCAAGGUUUUCUGAUCUUCCCGAAUUGCGUGACCUCAGGAACGUAUUUCAAGAAAGAUACGGGAAUGGUUUAGAAUGCUACGUUAAUCAAGUGUUUGUUGAGAAGUUAGCCUCUAAACCUCCAGCGGUGGAGAAGAGAAUAAAGCUACUGCAAGACAUAGCAUCAGAGCUUUCGAUCCGGUGGGAUUCUAAGGGAUUUAAACAAAGAAUGGAGAAACCGUCCACACUUGCUCAGGCGCUUGGAUCUGUGAGUGGCAGUGAUGAUGAGCACAAACCGCCAAACGGAAACAAUAUCUUCCGGAAAAACGAUCAGCGUUCCAAAGAAAGAGUAGAACAUGCUCACCAAGGACCAACAUUGCACGGUGAUGGAAUCGUAAACGUUAGGAGGAAAGAUGCGUUGGACGGUCCGGUUUUGAGAAGAGAAGAAAAACAUCAUAAAGAAAGAACAAAACAUCAUGAUGUGGUGGACGGUCCGGUUUUGAGAAGAGAAGAAAAACGUCAUAAAGAAAGAACAGAACAUCACGAUGACGGGAAUGGAUAUGGAAGGAGGAAAGAGGCGUCGGACAUUUCGAAUGUGGAAACAAACAAAAAACAUGGCUACAAACACGAGAACCUCAUCGGAAAUCCAGAAUCUAAUCUCAAGAAGAAUAUAUUUGAAAAGAAUGACAAAAUUCCCAAAGUUUUAGAUGAUGAUAGGGUGAUGAGAGAGAGAAAAGAAAGAAAUGGUCAUAAAUACGAGCUAGAAACUAAUGAGACCAGAGAUAAUAAUGUGUUGGACGGUUCGGUUUUGAGAAGAGAAGAAAAACAUCACAAAGAAAGAAUAUAUCAUCACGAUGACUCGAGAAGAGAAGAAAAACAUCAUAAAGAAAGAAUAUAUCAUCACGAUGAUGGGAAUGCAUAUGGUAGGAAAAAAGAGUUGUCAGACAUUCCCUAUGUGGAAACAAACAAAAAACAUGGCUACAAACACGAGCCAGAAACUAUCGAGAAGAACAUAUAUGGACACAAUGACCGAGGAAGAAAAGAAAGAAAUGGUUAUAAACAUGAGCCAGGAACUAUGGAGACCCGAGACAAAACGAGAAGUCCAACAAGAGAAAAAGAAGCCGGUGAAAAGUCAACAGGGAAAGUCAAGGACGAAGACGCGAUUAGGUCAAAGUCAACCUACAAUAGUUCUCUUCCGCCACCAUAUGUCAAGUUAAACAUCCCACCACCAUACAGUAAGCCUCACAACGCAUCAAACUCAGAAAAGAUGAAAGAAGAAGCAGAACAUGACAUUAUGCAGUUACCUAAACCGAAAUCAGUUAGGAGAAAGCACAGGCACAAGCACUCUAAAUCCUCAUCCGGUCAUGAAGAUAUUGGAAGCUCAGAAGACGCCCGCAUCGUUAAACGAAUUUCAAGUAGCAAAAGAAAAGACCGAAAGGGUUUACAAAUACUAUUUGAUGACGAGCAAUACCGUAGCCAUCGGGACGACGAGGAGAAAAUGAUGGAUAAGUUAUUGUUACAUUAUAGUAAGAAACCAUCAUCAGGUUAUGAUAUCGAGAAGUUAAGACGAAAGAAAAACCGAUCCAACAUGAAUAGCAAAUCACCAUCUCCACAUCACAAUGAUGCAGAAAUGAGUGUCCCCCCUACACGAUCGAUCUCUCUUCCUCAUGAAAGUGGUGAAGUGGAACCAAAGAAAGUGUAUGCUCGUGCCAACUCAUUUCAGCCCGAUAAUCAGGCGAAACACGUGCACCCGAAGUUACCAGAUUAUGAUGAUCUGGCAGCCAGGUUUGCAGCACUACGAGGGAGGUAGAUGUUCAACUUCUAUGAUUUAACUGUCAUAAUUUCAUGGACGGGUUGGUGUGUUUUUUAUUAUGAAAGCCGGGAAAUUAAAUUUAUUCAUAUUGUAUGUAGAGUUGUUUCGGUUGUAUUUGUAACAACAUUUAAUUGUGUUUUGGUAAUAUGAUACAACAUUCAUGAUCCA